AUGGCUAUCACGCGAUACAACCAGCACCCACAUAUUUUUCUCACCAUGAUUGCAAAUCCCAAUUGGCUAGAAAUUACUUCAGCAUUAUUACCACACCAAAAAGCUAUUGAUCAUCCUGAUUUGAUUGCCCAUGUUUUUGAGCUAAAAAGAAAGUGUUUGAUGAAGGGGAUAGAAACAAACAAAGUGUUCAGUAAUAAAGUUGGACAUGUUUUUACAAUUGAAUUCCAAAAACAAGGCCUACCACAUAUGCAUGCGCUUCUCUUUCUUAAAGGUCCAAACAAAAUUCGAACAUGUGCUCAAGUAGACAAAUUAGUUUGUGCAGAAUUUCCAGAUCCAAAAGAUAAUCCUACACUUUUUGAAACUAUCAAGUGUUGCAUGGUACAUGGACCAUGUGGUGCUCGAAAUCCCCAAGCACCAUGUAUGGAAAAUGGUAGAUGUACUAAGAAAUACCCUCAAGCCUUUGCAAAAUCAACAACUAUGGACCAAGAUGGAUAUUCAAUCUAUCGUCAUCGCAAUAGUGGUCAAGUAUAUACUGUGAGAGGACAGGAAGUUGCUAACAAGGAUGUGGUACCAUACAAUGCAUAUCUUUCUAAACGAUUCAACUGUCAUAUAAAUAUAGAAGUUUGUGCUGGAGUGAGAUGUGUUAAGUAUAUACAUAAGUAUAUUUACAAGGGUUAUGAUCGCACAACAAUGGUUUUGAGAUUGAUUAAUGAGAUCCAACAAUAUCUUGAUGCGAGGUAUAUUGAACCACCAGAAGCUGCUUGGCGAAUAUUCGGUCAUCAUUUGCAUGUAGAGAUGCCAACAAUUGUUCGCUUCGCACUUCAUCUACCUGGAAUGCAUCGUGUUCUUUUCAAUCCUAAUGACUCAUUGGAAAUUAUUCUUUCUAGAGCUACGAAACAAAAAUCGACUUUUACUGGUUUUUUUUAUUAUUGUGCUUCCAAUGAAAAUGAAUGCCAAUUCACUUACCAAGAAUUUCCGCAACAUUUUGUUUGGCUCAAGUCAGAACAUAGAUGGAAACCAAGAGAACAUGGAUAUGAAAUUAGUAGAAUGUACUUUGCUAGCCCUAACUGUGGUGAAAGUUUUUAUUUGCGUUUGUUGUUAACUGUUGUCAAAGAGCCAAGAUUGUUUCAAUGUUUACGUACAGUUAACAAUGUUUUGCAUGAGACGUUUAAAUCAGCAUGUGUUGCAAGAGGACUCUUAGAAGAUGAUGAAGAAUGGAUACAGUGCCUGAAAGAGGCUGCAAAUGAGGCACAACAGACAGAUGUGCAAAUUACUAUUAAUCGCCUCAAUAAUGGACAACAAACUGCUUAUAACGCAAUCAUUUCUUCAGUCUUUGAAAGUAAAGGGACUAUUUUCUUUUUGAAUGGGGGUGCCGGAAUGGGAAAAAUAUUUUUGUACAAUACGAUUGCAUUAAAAUGUCGCAGCCUUGGCUAUAUUCUUGUUACUGUGGCUUCAUCUGGAAUUGCAUCAUUGCUAUUAGUAGUAGGUCGCACUGCACAUUCAACAUUUUCCAUUUCAUUGGAUAUCUUGGAAUAUUCAGUUUGUGGGUUUAGCAAGCAAUCAUUAUAG